AAUUUCGUCAACGGCCAGGCGCUCUAGUUCGCUCCUCCUUGCAAAUUAGUUUUCGUUUUUUGAAUACUAUUUAAAUCCCUACUCGCGAUCGACGAAUAAAUACACUCGUUAGCCCGACUAUAAAGGGCUCCGUUCGUUCUAAUCUCUCCGUUCUCCCCCCUUACUUCUCUCCUUCACUGAACGCUCCGCGAAGAGAAAGCUAGAGGGAUCGGCUGCGAGCUCGGAGGAGGCUUCGAAGCAAUUUUUCUGACCGUAGAUGAUUUCUUCUGUUGCUUCAUCGAGCUAUUGGACGACGACGGCUGUAGUCACGAUGUUUUCCGCUCUCCCCCGGACUAUUGGAUGUUCCGCGGGAUGUAGACUGCCGAUUGCUCGUCGUUCUGCUGGUGAUUCGAGUUCGGGGAGCAGCAUUUGGUUGAAUUGUUCGGAUCCGUCAAGACGGGAGCGGGAGAUCCGUGGCCCGAAGGCUAGCGCGGUGGUUCGGCCGGUUGGGAGGGGUUGCGGGAGCGUGACCAGAAGGGCGGUUCUUGCCUGGGAUAUGGGGGCGGAGGAGGAGGUUGGCUAUUCCAGGUGUUUUCUUAGGGCACGGAAUGGAGAAGAGCUGCUUUUUUGUAUAAGGAGGGAAGUUGAAGCUGGAAAACUUUCUUCAGAAAUUGCGACUAGACUGGAAGAACUCUAUUAUAAUUACCGGAAUGCUGUCAUGCAAAGUGGAGAUCCAAGUGCAAAGGAGAUCAUACUUUCCAAUAUGGCUGUUGCAUUUGAUCGUGUUCUUUUGGAUGUUGAGGAUCCUUUUAGCUUUUUGCCUUGUCAUAAGGCAAUACGAGAGCCUUUUGACUACUACAUGUUUGGUCAAAAUUAUCUCCGGCCAUUGAUAGAUUUCAGAACAUCAUAUAUUGGCAACCUCUCCCUUUUCUUUGACAUGGAAGAGAAGCUUAAGCGGGGCCAUAACAUCAUUUUGUUCUCUAACCAUCAGACAGAAGCAGAUCCAGCGCUCAUUUCACUGUUGCUUGAAAGAACAAAUUUAUAUUUUGCUGAGAAAAUGGCGUUUGUGGCAGGAGAUAGGGUGGUUACAGAUCCACUUUGCAAGCCCUUCAGCAUGGGAAGAAAUCUUAUUUGUGUAUACUCAAAGAAGCAUAUGCAUGAUGUUCCUGAGCUUAUUGAAAUGAAAAGGAGAGCAAAUACUCGAAGCUUAAAGGAAAUGGCUUUGCUUUUGAGGAGUGGAUCACAGGUAAUAUGGAUUGCACCAAGUGGUGGUAGGGACCGACCUGAUCCACUCACAGGGGAAUGGAAUCCAGCACCAUUUGAUGCAUCUUCAAUGGACAAUAUGAGGAGGCUUUUGGACCAUUCUGGUGUAGUUGGGCACAUGUAUCCCCUAGCAUUGCUGUGUUAUGAGGUUAUGCCUCCACCACGAGAGGUAGAAAAGCAAAUUGGUGAGAGAAGAAAAAUUUCUUUUCAUGGAAUUGGGUUAUCCGUGGCUCCAAAAAUCAACUUCGCUGAAAUCACAGCUGGUUGUGAGAACCCUGAUGAGGCUAAGGAGGUCUUUUCUCAGGCUGCAUAUGAUUCCAUGAUUGAACAUUAUAAUGUUCUUGAAUCUGCUAUAUAUGGAUGUAAAGGACAAAAUGCAUCAAACUCCAUUGUCUCACUUUCACAGCCAUGGUUAUGAAUCUUUUGGCAGAUCAAUUUUGCCCUCCGAAACUUUUGCACCAAGUCUGCUGGUGGUAUCUCUGCUACUUAAGUCAAUUGAUUGUGUAAAAUGGAGUUUCACACAGAUUCUGCAGCCUUUAAAAGGUGAAGGGCCUUUAAAAGAGGGAGGGGUGGUGUGGUGGCGGGGCCUUUUUCUGCUGGGACACAAGUAAUAGUGCAUUAACGAAGAAUAUUGAGCAGGAGUCACGAGCCAUAUAUUUUCUACAAGUAAUGCGGUUUGCAUCAACUGCUGGAUCGUGUAUAAAGUAGUUUCCAGGCACGUCGUCCACAAGCAGCGCCAGCUCUAUUCUUUUUAUCGAGGGUAAGACAUUCUAAGGAUCUAUAUAUCUGACAUGUAUUAAUGCUAACAUGACCAAAUUCCCUCUGUACAUAUCUAGUUCUUAUUUCCCUAUGAAUUAGAUAUGACAGCAUUUCCUGCCGGUGUCAGAUGCAUUAGUUUUCUUUUUUCUUUUUUUAUUAACUAAGAUUUAGUUUUCCAGUCAAAUAUGAGAGUUAACGAGUUUGUUUGAUUCUCUUUAUUUUGACUGAAGACUGUCCUAAGCUUUAGAAGAUCGUUCUCAAAUUAUGUAUUCUGUUAUUCGUAUAAUUCAAGUUAUUUAUAUUUA